ACACAAAGAGAAAGCACAGCUAGAGACAGCAGCUUCUUCCAAGAGUUUAGGACCAUGGAGGCAGCCGCCGGCUCUGCUCAGUGUCGGUUCACUGUCUUUCCUCUCUGAUCCGUUUGAAAAUACUUUUCGAUUGUCACGACUGACGAUACCGGACGACGGGUCUUCGAUAUGGACCCGAUACGGUGCUGACUUUGUAUGCAACUCUUCGCAGGAGCUGGGAUUCUUUUGCCAAACUGGAAUAACAAUCACUGCACUUUCGACAGUUCAGCAGAGACUGACGGAGAAGGAUCUUCAUCCUACGACAACAUGUCCAUCAGUUCACCCCGCAAGGAGGAGAGGAAGGGCAGCUUCUUUAAGCUGAUUGACUCAUUUGCCUGGGAAAUCGGCACAUUGAAGAAGGAAAUGGGGAAAAAGACUAAACCUGCAGAAGGAGACAAGACUGAUCCCCUCCUUGGGCUGGGUGAUGAGGUGGGCGGUCUCUUUCUGCCGGCUUCACCUCGUGCUGGGAUUGGUGCAGGGCAGGCGGGAGCUAGAGAUUCAGGCUAUGACUCCCUCCAUCGGCGGCUCAGUGUGCUGGACAGACUGGUGCACACACACGCUGUGUGGCUACAGCUGAGCCUCAGCCACCAGGAUGCCACGCGUAUACUGCAGAGCCAACCCACAGGGACAUUUGUGGUGAGGAAGUCGAGCAGCCUGCAGAGGAAAGUUUUAUCUCUUCGCAUGGACAAAGACUCUGAAGUUCCUGUGAAAGACUUCCUUGUGAAGGAGAGCCAGUACACUUUCUCUCUGGAAGGAUCGGGCCUGAGCUUUGCAGACCUUUUUCGCCUGGUUGCUUUUUGCUGCAUCAGCAGGGAUGUACUGCCCUUUACGCUGAAGCUCCCAGAGGCCAUUGCAUCCGCCAGAACCUCUGCUGAUCUCGAGGAGGUUGCUAAACUUGGAGCAGGUUUCUGGGAUGCUCAGGUGUGCAACAGGAGAAAGGGUUCAGCCUCAUCGGCAGCAGUAUCUGCACCCAGCAGACCGCCGCCGCCUCUACCAAGAUCAGUCUCCUUGACAAUCUCCCCAGAGCGCCCUCAGCUUCUAACUCGCACCCCAUCUGAGCUUGAGUGUUGUCAGUCUAACGGAGCCCUUUGCUUCAUCAAUCCCCUCUUCAUCAAGGUUCACCAACCUGAGGGAGACCACGACACCACUUCAGAUCCCUCAAAGCAAGGCCUGACGGAGGAACUUGUUAGCAACAGCCAAGAAACCAACAACAAGGACCCUCAACACUCUGAAAGAGGAUGUCCUCAGGUCUGCAGCUCAGAGCACAGUGAGGGUGGCCAAUCAGAUCAAAGUAACUUGCACAGCUUGAGCGAAAACACAGAGGUGCAGGACGACACCAGUGAAACGAGCAGCAGCGAUCAAAAGCGGAGUGACAGCAUUUCACGGUCCCCUCCUCCUCGUCCGCCUCCGCCACACUUUGCACAGCGACGCCCGGGUCCACCCCCUCGUCAACGCAGCAUGCCGGAAAAAAUCCCUUGGAUCAAAGUCCCAAAGGAGAAGGUGGAGGAGAGAGAGAGAGGCAGUAGCCUCCUUUCUCGCCUUGGCUCCUCUCUAAGCAUCAGCCCCUCGUCCUCUCCUCCCAAGAGGCUCAGCAUCAGCUCCCCCAUAUCCAUCCCCCGACCCUCACUGCCCAUUUCUCUCUCCUCUCUCUCCUCCUCACCUCGUCGGACUAAAGCCUCACCGUCAUCCAGCCUGGAGGAUGCUCAGUGCCACUUGGCGCUGGAGGAACAGACUAUUGAGAAGGCCCUCUUGAGGGCCAAACUGUCUCAGCAAAAUUCCUCCAAAACCCCCAACCAGGACUCCAGCAGUCCCUCAGAUCCUUCCCUGUUGACAACAAGAAAGGUGGCAGAGCUGACCAGAGGAGAAGAAGAAACGAGGGAAGAAUGUAGCGGUGGUGGCCAGCGGUUGAGUGACAUGAGCCUUUCCACAGAUUCCUCCGACUCUCUGGAUUUCUCUCAGUGUUCGGCCUUCUUCCUUCCUCCCCUGCAUGACCCGAGCCCCCCCACUGUGGCUGACUUCAACACCCACCUCCCCCUAUCCAUCCCACCAUCCCACCUGCCCUACUGUAGUAUGGAGGAGGAUGACGAUGAUGAGGAUGACGAGGACGAAGAGGAGCCCGACUAUGGCGUGAGCCUGGAGAGUGAUCAGGACCAAGACCAGGAUCUGACCAUGGUGCCUCCAAAUCAUCGUGUGAAACGUCGCCCCAGUGCCAGCGCUCUGGUCCUGCAGAAAGCUUUGAAAGGACGCCUGCGCAAGAUGAGUGGCGUUUUCAACUCGCUGCUGACGCCUGAGAAGAGGGCGAUCCGCAGGGUAGUGGAACUGUCCCGGGAUAGAGGCACAUAUUUUGGCUGCCUGGUGCAAGACUAUCUGAGCUACAUGGGUGAGGGAGCAGGAACCCAAGCCUGGCAGGGCUACGCCGGUGGACUGGAGCUGCUGCAGACUAUCCGCCAAUUUAUCACUCAGAUGAAGAGCUACCUGCGACAGAGCUCCGAGCUGGAGCCACCAAUUGAGAGCCUGAUUCCUGAAGACCAGAUAGAUCAAGUCCUGGAGAAGGCCAUGCACAAGUGCGUCCUGAAGCCCCUCAAACCGAUAGUGAGUGUGGCUCUGAAGGAGUUCCAGGUGCGCAGUGGGGAGUGGCAGGAGCUGAAGGAGAACCUGUCGCUGGCCAAGGCGAAGCACCCGCAGGAGAUGGGCGUGGCUGAUACGCUGCCCCCGGACCCUGUGGCCUUAGAGAAGAUCAAGCACAAGUUUCACACCAUGAGUAAACUAUACUCCCCUGAGAAGAAGGUGACCAUGCUGCUGAGAGUCUGCAAACUCAUCUACACCAUCAUGGAGGACAACUCAGGUCGUCUGUAUGGAGCUGAUGACUUCCUGCCCAUGCUGACCUAUGUGCUGGCUCAGUGCGAUAUGCCCCAGCUGGACAACGAGAUCCUUUACAUGAUGGAGCUGCUGGACCCCUCACUGCUCCAUGGAGAAGGCGGCUACUACCUGACCAGCGCCUACGGAGCAAUGUCCCUGAUCAGAAACUUCCAGGAGGAGCAGGCCGCCAGAGUGCUGAGCUCUGAAACCAGGGACACACUGCACCAGUGGCACCGCAGACGCACCAUGCAGCGCUCUGCUCCAUCUAUUGAUGACUUCCAGAACUACCUGCGGGUCGCGCUGCAGGAGCUGGACAGUGGCUGCACAGCAAAAACCCUGCAAGUCCGUCCCUACGGCACAGUGGAGGAGGUGUGUCAGCUCUGCGCCCAGAAGUUCAAAGUAUCCGACCCUGAGAACUACGGCCUGUUUCUUCUGGUAGAGGGCAGCAGCCAGCAGCUGGCCCCAGACACCCACCCUCAGAAGAUCAAAGCUGAGCUCCACAGCCGCUCUCAGGCCACUCCCUUCCACUUUGUGUACCGCAGAGUGGCCGCCAGCAGCAGCGACUCAUCAUCAUCAGCUCCACUUGAUACCAGAUCUAACCUGAACAACCUCACUGUGACCUCUGACCCCAAGGCCAACCUUAAUGACCUGAGCAUAGACUUGUCGGACUCCUCCCUGCAGCCUGCUCUCAACCAGGGCCUCAGUCGUCCUCUGAGCCUCAGCCUGCCCCCCAGCCACCUCAAUGGGAACUCCAUAUCAAUAUGACUGUCGCUGGUCGCAGUCUGAACGAGUGAACAGAGUCUUUGUCUCCCUGCUGUGACAGUAUCACCCAUUAUCUCUGACAAACAUGGUUCUAUUAGACCUCAAAGGGGCCUGCAUGUUGACAGGGCUCCUCUGGGCUGGACACUGUGUCGUGCCAGUCUUUACAAAGCCUGACUUCUCCUUUUGGAUGACACGUCUGUCUCAGUCAACAUCCCCUCGCUGGAAUGUUUUGUCUGACAGACACGCGUGAAAGAGGAAAAGAAGAAAGGAGGGAAGGAAGUGAAAAAGAUGGAGGUUUUUUUUUUCUUUACUUCCUCAGCUCUAGAUUUGGCAUCAGAGCAUCACUUUGCUGAACACAGCUCUCUGAAUCCACGUGAUUCAGAGGGAGACGGAGGGGUUAAAGUGUCAAACUGACCUGGAACACUAAAACGUGUUCACAGUCCUGCUUUAACCCUGGUGUCAAGAUGCUGAUUCAGGGUCAGCCGAUCUCUGUGUUACCAUGAAGCUACAUAGAGGCUAAUCAGAUCUGAGAUACAUGUUGGACUAAUCCUUGAUGAGUCAUGUUAAAUAAACUGCAGAUAGUUUUUAUAGGUGACAGGUCUAACUAUGAUUUAAGUGUUACAGUUGCUGGUAAACUGUAUGUUUUGAUUGUUUGUGUUUUGAAACUGUUAAUCCUUCUGAUGGUAGAUAUGAUUUUAAAGGUUUGGCGACACCCAGUGGAGGCUGGUGUGUAUAACACUUUGUUAUUUUCCAUGGAGUUUUAUUUAGAGCAUACUGCGAAAAGCUUUAUGCUAAAAAAGAAGAGGAAGUAGGAUUUAGGAAAACACGUGUAUGGUAUAAAAAAAAAUGAAUGAUUAAUAUGAAUAGCUGUAGCAAUGUGUUUAAAAAGCCUGCUUUUAUAUUUACUGUUAAUGUACAUCUGUAGUGAUCAGUGAGGCUUCAGUGCAAACACUUUGAUGGAAGCUGGGUCGUUUGUUUUGAGGUGUGUAUGCACUGAAUAGAACAAAGUGUGUGUGAACAGCUCUUGCACAACUUUUUUUUAAAUUGAAAAUGUCUGAGCAUUUUGUCAGACAGAUAGUGCAGGAAAAAACAAAGUGAUUCCACACAGCUGCCUUAAGAGACACAAUCUUCCUACUUUUGUAAUGCAUGUAGUUAGUGCUGGGCAAUAAAUUAAUAACGAUAAUUAUCGUGAUAUAAUUUUUCCUCAAUAUAAAAAGAAAAAUGUUAGAUAACAAUUUGAUAUAUUUAAACCUUUAAUUACACACCCCAACCACUGGAAAGGGAGGGGGCGCUAAUGUGCUUUAAACGCAUUGCCACCCAACAUUAGACCGAAGAAGAAUAAGGCAUUGAACAGCCAAUCGUAUUGCAGGAUAAGAGCUUGGCGGGCUUAGUGUCAUGUAAAACACAGCUGAAAUGAGCGACAUCAACACUGAGGAUAUCGCAGGAUAUCCACUAAUAUGACAUUUUUUUACCGUGAUUACAUCUUUUUCAAUAUCGCCCAGCUCUACAUGUAGUAUAACUACGACAAUCCAAUCAAAUAAUAUCUUUGCAAUUCUAAAAAAAGUGCCAGUGAGAAGAUAAAAAAAAUGUCUGUCCCUACUUGCUGGAGCCAAACCGUGCCUCUCUCUCAGUUCUGCCUUGAAAUUGGAAGAUAAUUAAAAUCAUGCUACCGCUGUAGCUGCUGGGCCAGUGUUCCCCAGCUGCAGCCUCUGCCUUUUCUCUUCUGCUUUGUGUCGUGUGCAGUAAGUUGCAUUUUCGUAGGUAGAAGCCAACAUUAACAAUCAAAGAUAUAAUAUAUAUAAUACUGCCUUUUUGUAUGAUAAUCUUAAGGAUUAACAUUUCAGAAUUUGUAAAAAUGAAUAUUGAUAUUGCAUGUAGUUUUGUUUUUAAGUGUUAGAAACAGGCAUUUCUGCCAGUGUUUAGAAAUGUAAGAUUCAUUGAUGAUUAUCCUGGUGAUAUGACAGAUACUGUGUCUUACCUGAUCUUCUUAUUUAGGGUGCCAUCUCCUUUCAGAUUGACAAUUUAUGGCCAGGGAACAUCUGAGGAUGGCUGCCAUGUGAUAAUUAUAGACACCUCUCUGUACUACUGACAAACGAUAAAGGUUUUUAAUCCAGGUGAAAGAAAUAUAUGUUCAUUUAUAAACAGGUUUUGUGGACUUUAAAGCUGGUCUGAGGUCACACAGUGAAACGUGCUGUAAGGCUCUUUGAGCUAUCUGGAAAGACAAAGGUGUAUGUGAGGCCUCAGUUUACAGGAGACAACAUGUGCUUGAGAAAUGCUCACUCUGCAAUACAACAAUACAACCUUCAUCAGUGUUGAGUUUCAAUAAGAAAUACUUGAAAUAUUCGUAUGAAUUUUUACGCUGUCAGUAGUUUCCAAGUCAAAUUGAUAUGCUGGUAAGUUACAGUGUUGUGAUCUGUUUCAUUCCUGUCUUACAUUGAUGAGAGAUGUGUGAGCUUUGUUUGACAAGAGGAAAGUGAAAUUUGUGAAGCCCAAGAGGAAUUCCAGUAUUUAGAAAUAUAGAUCUUUUUCACUCAAUCUUUAUUCAUAUAGCGCCAAAUCACAACAAACGUUAUCUCAAUAUGCUUUUACAAACAGAGCAGGUCUAGACUGUACUCUAUGUUAAAUUAUUAACAAAAACCCAACACCAAGACAGGAUAAGACUGAGUCUUAUCUCAUCUUAAUUCACCAUGAGCACUGCACCUCACCGUAUUUAGCUAGUUACAGCGGCAAGGAAAAACGUCUUUUAACAGGCAGGAACCUCGAGCAGAACCAGACUCAUGUUAGACAGACAUCUUUACACAUACUUUGGGGUCCAAAUGACUACAGGAUACAAACGUUUUGGAAGCGCUCAAGUAGAUAGCUUGAGCCAGGCUGUAAAAAUCUCAUGGCUGUGAAGGAAGAGAUAUCUGGGUUAUCAAACACAGAUCAUACCCAAACAGAAAAGUCUAUCUCUGGAUGUUUUCUGUUAUGUCAGACAACAAUAAGCACUUUUGAUGGAUGUUCUGUAAAGGCCUCAUUGACCUGUGGUAUUUUGGCAGCCUGUCUUAAAGUCUUGUUCUGAUAAGUCCUUUAGACCCCCCCUAAAAAUUAAGACCAAGGUCUAAAAUACUGGAAAUCCCCUUUAAGGUAACCUGAGAGCUUCUGAAAAGAUUGAAUUAGCGUCAUGGAUCACCUGUAUGUAGCUCAUCAUGUUUUUCUCUGGGGGCCAAGUGUUCAAACUUGAAUGGUUUGUGGUGCGAUGUUAUCAGUAAUCUAACUUGUUUUUCUUUUUGAUGAAGCAAAGUGAGUAUUUAUGUGUCUCUGUGCGGGGAUUUUUCACAGAUGGCUUUUCAUUAUCUGUAAUAUUCUAUAUGGUGUCAAAAUAUCAACUGCAUCCAGGAAACAUCUUCCUGAUUGUACUUUGUCAUUAUAUGAUUUCAUAAAUAUUCUUUUGCACUUAAUAAAUGUUUGAAAAGCAA